AUGCCUUUUGGAAUAUCAACAGCGCCCUCCAUAUUUCAACAUUACUUAGACGAAUUACUAAGGGACAUUCCUAACACAGCAGUGUAUUUUGAUGACGUUGCAAUAGCCGGAGAAGACGUGAAGGAACACCUACGCACACUUGGCGUCAUCUUUGAGCGACUACAGAAAGCAGGCCUAAAAGUAAAUCUACAAAAAUGUUCAUUUCUACAAAAUCAAAUAGAAUAUCUUGGCCACUCUAUAGACAAAAACGGUAUACGCCCGACAAAACAGAAACUAGAAGCAAUUUCCAAAGCUGCGACACCUACCAACGCUAAAGAAUUAAGAUCAUUUCUGGGUCUUGUAAAUUUCUAUGAACGUUUUAUACCACAUUUACACGGAAUAUGCGCUGACCUUCAUGAACUUACUGGUAAUAGGCAACCGUGGCGUUGGACAGAACAUGAAAGUCAGAUAUUCGAAGCCACUAAACAAUGCAUUACCUUAUCAAAACCACUGACUGCGUUUGACGAAGACAGAUCAAUCUUUCUAGCAUGUGACGCUUCAGAGAAAGGCGUGGGAGCCGUGUUGUAUCACAAGAAUGGGAACACAGAACAACCCAUAGCUUUUGCCUCAAGGAAACUUCGAACAGCGGAGACGAAAUACUCAGUCAUUGAUCGCGAAGCACUCGCCAUUUUGUUUGGAAUCAAGAAAUUCGACCAAUAUUUACGAGGAACCAAAUUUACCUUACUUACUGACCACAAGCCAUUAAUCCAUAUACUGGGUUCUCAGCGUAAUCUUCCCAAAGUAGCAAAUAACAGACUCGUUCGAUGGGCACUAAUAAUUGGCUGCUAUAAUUACGACAUAUGUUACCAGAAAGGUGAAAACAACAUACUAGCCGACUGCCUCUCCAGAUUACCAAACUCUGAAACACAGCCUUCAGAAACAGAGUGUGCUGUACAUCGCAUUGAGUCAUGUCUUCUAGGAACCAGAAUGACAGAUUUACAUCUCUCUGAGGAUCUUUUGAAGGAGACAACCAGCCAAGACGUCAUAUUAUCAGAAGUUUUAAAAUGUAUCAAAACCGGCUGGAGAGAAAUACACUUUACCAGUGACGUUAAGCAUUUCUUCAAAAAGCGUAACGAACUUUCAAUAGAAAACAAAAUAAUAUUAUGGCAAGGUAGAGUGGUGAUUCCAGAAAAACUACAACGCAAAGUCCUUGCAUACCUCCAUAGAGGCCAUCCUGGAAUAUCAGCAAUGAAGGCACUUGCACGUUUCUAUGUUUGGUGGCCAUCCAUUGAUGAAGACGUAGACCAGUAUGUCAAGAGAUGUUGUAGAUGCCAACAAAAUAGACCUCAUUGCCCUGAACUUCCAAUCUACUCGUGGUCUAUCCCUGAGAAAGUAUGGGAAAGGAUCCAUAUCGAUUUUGCAGGACCUUUUGAAGGUACUUACUGGUUAGUCUUGAGCGAUGCCUUAUCGAAGUGGAUAGAAAUUAAACCUAUGAAGAAUAUUACUACAUCAAAAUUGUGCACUGAGUUAGACGACAUAUUCUGCACCUUUGGUCUCCCAGAAAUAAUUGUAUCUGACAACGGCCCACAAUUCACAUCAUCAGAAUUUAAACAAUACUGUAAAAAUCAAGGCAUUUUGCAUAUUAGAUCUUCACCUUACCACCCAAGAACCAAUGGUCUCGCGGAACGCCUCGUAAGGACUUUUAAAUCAAGAUUUGCAUCCGGCACAGAACCCCAACACCAGCGUUUAAGAGAGUUUUUGUUCACGUACAGGAUCACACCCCAUAACACUACGGGCAAAUCACCAGCGGAAGUAAUGUUUGGACGUCAAAUAAAUACGUUAUUGUCAAAUAUUCGACCAAAUAAAAGGAGGGAAUUACAGUACAAACAAGUAAAGGUCAAUAUUGAAACCUCAACGAAUAAACCAAAUUAUGCACCCGGUAGUCCAGUAUACCAUAGAACUCGGCUUGAAAAGUCGUGGCAGCCUGGAAUUAUAGCAGAGCGCAGACAUCGCUACUCUUAUACUAUUUCGACACCACAUGGAGACGUCAUAAGGCGACACGCUGAUCAUAUUCGACCUCGACUGAAAUCGCUUAAUAACCCUCCAAAUUACCAUGAACCAUCUCCUUCAUCCCCCCUAACAGAUAUGUUUCGUACGCCCGAUGCCACUUCGAGUCCUGGACCGUCACAAAUCUCAUCCGCCACUCUUAACUCCACCCUGAUGAGCCCUCCACACAACAGCUCCACCACUCCUGAAGAUUCAUCACACACAGGAAAUACGAGUAACAGAAGCCUGUCGCCUGAUCCAGAUCCUGUAUCUACAUCGGCAAACCCUACAACGCAGCACCGUAGUCAGCGGGCAACCAGACCACCUCGGAGACUUAUAGAAGAGAUGUGA